ACAUGUAAGGCGCGAACAGCCAACAGAAAAAUUAUGUCCAAAAAGAAGAAAAGAGUAGAUACGAUCGUUGAACUGCUAAGCGGAAAGGGUAUAAAGGUGUCCAAGGAAAAUCUGAAUACCGGUUUCUUUCCUUGGCAUGACACCACGAAAUUAUCUCUUGGUGAAGACUACGAACUUAUCGACACCUGGAUGUUAUCUCUUCGCUAUGAGGAAGCUAUCGUCCAAGCUAAAAAGGAAAUGGGUGAAUUUAUUCGAUCACUCACCUCGCUAUGUUUUGAUCUUCAGAAUGACAUCAGGAACUACGAAAAAAUUAUGCCGGUUACGCUUCUCAACUAUAGUCGUUCAAUAAUGGCAACUACAGAAAUUGCCCGAAUCCGUGAACUCAUGGAAAAAGGAGUGAAUCAAUUCACGGACGCUCUCAAUCUAAAUAUCAGUGAGGACUUGGAAAUUGAACCGGAAGAUUUUAUAGAAAAGGUCGAGAAAGAGGAAGAACUGUUAGUAGCACUUCAAGAAGACACCGAUGAAUACAGCGACGAAGAUAAUUAUGAAGAAGACGACGAAUUUUGAACAAAGUAUACCUGGCCAUUUAUCCAUGCAUAUGUAGUAAAUACAUUCCUCAAACUUA